AUGAGUCUCCCAGGAGAAUCCCUCACUUCACAGUCCUCCACCCCUAAAAUACUCAUAUCCCCAUCAUUUCACAACUCACCUCCAAUUAUCCUCUCCAAAGAAGACCGAACCAACUCCUACUAUCCACCAAAACCUUUCCUCCCACUCCAAGCAGACCCCAAAACAGAAUCUGCAUACCGCAACAUCAUCCAAACCACCCAAUUAGCCCCCUCAACCCCCGGCCUCGAUGUCUGGAUUUCGGGAAUAUCCAAUCAGAGAACUCUCGAGAUGCUCGGCUACCCAUCCUCGAACCCACAUAUCUCCUCCCUAGCUUCAAACCCAUCAUCUCCCCCCAACACCCCCUCCUCACCAACCUCCAGGAUCCAAAAACGCAAUGAUGCAAUUACCCGACCCCUGAUCCCCGCAUCCUCAGUCCUGCACUAUCUUCUCGACACUGCCCCAAGAAAGAUGCACAUCAACAUCAACGGAUGCAAACGCAGCAGCCAAGUCGAAGACAACUCCGAAGACUACGCUAUCCUCCGAUACAUCGCUAAUUAUAGCGAGCCACGCUACUGGGUAUUCGACAUUGAGGAUCUUCACUGCGCAGUAUGUUGCAAACAGAUGCGGGACCAGCGACGAAGAGCUCACGAGAAGAGUUGGAGAUGGAGCGAGAGAGUGAGGGGCGCGUGGAGACAUCAGCAUUGUGUAAAUUCUUGGUGUCAUGGAGCGUGUGGGCAUGAGCGACGAUCUCAUAACGUACUUACCCGUCUCGGACUCGCCACAACCCGGAAGAUAAAAUAUAUCCAGCUAACCACUUCAUCUGCACGCAUGGAUCCGGAUAUCCUCGCUUCCGCAAUAACAGUUUUAAAACCGUUCGUUUCGAAACUUGCGGGAUUGGAAGUUCUUCUCGUUUCUUCUUCAGAUUCUGUGUUCAAAUCGAGGUAUGUGUGGAAUGGAUCGAGACAAGAAGCGCGGCGCUUCAUAUGCUGUUUUGCGGAGUUGGAGGAAUGGUUAGUGGAAGGGGCAAGGUUGGAGAUUAAGGGGUUGGGAAAGUUUGGAGAGUUGGAGGAUAUGUGGUGGGAUGUGAGGAGGAAGUGGUGGAGGAUUGGAGGGAGGGUGGGGGAUGAGAAAUAG